UCUCUCUCCAACUUGGUGAUCUCGAAGUAGACGUGUGAUUGGCCAGGAGCUAUGAGGAAGUGCAGCAGCUGCUGCUGUACCUCACCGUGCAGAAAAGUCAGGGGUUUCUGCAAGGAGGCCUGCUAACCAGAGUGCUGUCAGAAUGGGAGAAGCUGUAGCUAAUGUCGCCAGGAGGGUUAAUGAGACCGUGGAGCUGGGAAAAGACACUCUGGAUCUUUCAGAAUGCAAACUGAUUAGCUUUCCUGAAGGAAUCUAUAAGUUGUUAAGGACCGUAACAGAGAACAUACAUGUCAUCUCUCUGGCUAACAAUGAAAUGAAAGCCAUAAACAGCAAAUUCAUUACCACGUUCAGCCAGCUAAGAGAAUUAAACCUGGAAGGAAAUAAACUCACACAGCUCCCAGAAGCAACUGGUUCAAUGGAGAACCUGACAAGCAUCAACCUGGCCAGGAAUAAAUUUUCUGUCUUUCCAGAGGAGCUUACUGACAUUAAAACGCUUAAGAAGAUUAAUCUGGAAGGAAACGAGAUCACAGGAGUGCAGCACCUGCCUGGGGGAUGCUCUAAGCCCAUUAUAAACCUGCUGCCCCACUGCACAGCAGAUCAGGUGGAGGAAUGGAAAAUAGUUUCUGCAUUUGAAUUAAGCAGGAAAUUUAGGGAGGCCAGAUUGUGCAGGACCAGAGGUGAAUUUAGCUGGGAUGUUGGUGGAAUGCCAUCAGACUUACAGGAGGACAGCACAGUGUCUGUUCCACUACCACACUGGGGCAACACUGGGGGAAUUCUGCUCCAGAGGGAGGGAGAUCGAUGUCCAGAUCCACCUUGGACGAGCAGCAGCCUGGUUUUAAUUCGAGGUCUCCCAUCCCAGAAGUGACCAGGCCCAGCCUUGUUCAGCUUGUGAGAACUGUCCAGGUCAGGCUACAGGAUGGUAACGUUGCUAUGUACACCAACAUCUCAAACGUUUUUUUCAUGUCAAUUAAAGACUUAAAUUCUGUGCAGCA